AUGACAUUGAAAUCAGUAAACCGAUCUCAAUACAUGUAUCUAGUGCAGAAUUCAAUCCAGAAUGUCAGUCCAUUGCAGAAUUUUGUUUGUCCCUGCGUGGUGAACAAGGUGAAAGUACCACUAACCAGACAGGACACACUCAUACCAGUGCAUCUUUCCAUUCUCACCUCUCUCGCUUCCGAGCUAACUCUUCUGUUCCAUUUCCUCUCCCUCCUCUCUUGUUUCCCAAACCUUCCCUUUCCUUCACAAUCUCUUUCUCGUUCAUGCGCUCUCAAAUUGCAACCUUUCCAUUCACCGAGUGCGCACCGCGUAAUUUAUACUUCACGAACCUGCACACCAAACGACACUCUGUUCAAUAAACAUGACACAAAACGGACACCUGGAAAUUUCAAAACUGUUCACUGA